AUGAAGGAGGAGGAGGCCGCUGCAACGCAGUUGCAGUUGUCUCAGCAUGGUGUAAGUGCUGAGGAUUUUCGUUCGCUUCAUUACAUUCGUGUCGGGGAUCCAGUCCUGUCACUUCGGGCUCAGUAUUCGCCGAAGACAGCUGGGGGGGGGGGGAGUGAUCGAGUCUUCGCGCCUACUUCGUGUAGACCGCCCAGGUCUCUACUCCAUACAGCGGCGUCGGCAGGGUGACUGCCUCGUACAUCUGCAAGUUGUUGCUGAGAUGGGGAUCGUGACGGUUCCAGACGGUGUUCUGCAGACGGCCGAAGGCUUGGCUGGCCUCGUUAAUCUGGCGGGCCACUUCGUCGUCGAUUUUGGUGUUACAAGAGAGGACGUUGCUCGGGUAGGUGCAGUUGUCCACGACUUACAGUUGGGCGCCAUCCAUGUUGAUUUGGGGUGCGACGUAGGCAGCGUCGUGGGGCGGUUGAUGCAUGGCCGCCGUAUUCUCCGUGUUGAUGACCAGGCCGAAUUUGUCGCAGGCGGCAGCGAAGAGAUGCGUACCACUUAG